CAGGAAUUGCUUUUUAUUUCAAUUAGUCAGUUCCUUAGUGUCCUAAGUUACUGAUGGCCGGGUUCCAAGCUGCCAGACAGAAUAUUUGGGGAAAUGUAACAUAAUUCUAAAUAAAAACAAAAUUAAGAAGUACUGUGAUUGCAUCAAACACUGCUAUUAUUUCUCUCAUAGGGAAGAAAUAGGAAACCUGUGAAAGGUUGCUUCUAACAAAGGAUCUGUUAAAGAACAAGCUCUCAUGAUGGCUGUGAACACACUUUUCUCUUCCAUGUCUCUGGUAGAUGGAUGCUGACAUGGACUACGAACGACCUAACGUUGAAACCAUCAAGUGUGUGGUGGUUGGUGAUAAUGCAGUGGGGAAGACACGCUUAAUCUGUGCAAGAGCAUGUAACACCACCUUGACCCAAUACCAGCUUCUGGCAACUCAUGUACCUACUGUUUGGGCAAUUGAUCAGUAUCGGGUGUGCCAAGAGGUUCUUGAACGUUCUCGUGAUGUUGUUGAUGAAGUGAGUGUUUCUCUCAGGCUGUGGGACACAUUUGGAGAUCACCACAAAGACAGGCGCUUUGCAUAUGGAAGAUCUGAUGUGGUUGUCCUGUGCUUUUCCAUUGCUAAUCCUAACUCCCUGAAUCAUGUGAAAACUAUGUGGUGUCAAGAAAUCAAGCACUUCUGUCCUCGUACACCUGUUAUUCUGGUUGGUUGCCAGUUGGAUCUUCGGUACGCUGAUCUGGAAGCUGUAAACCGAGCCAGAAGGCCAUUAGCAAGGCCUAUCAAGAGAGGAGAUAUUUUACCACCAGAAAGAGGAAGAGAGGUUGCAAAGGAACUUGGAAUACCGUAUUAUGAAACUAGCGUAUUUGAUCAGUUUGGCAUCAAGGAUGUGUUUGAUAAUGCAAUCAGAGCUGCCUUGAUCUCCAGGCGGCACCUACAGUUCUGGAAAUCCCAUCUGAAGAAAGUUCAGAAACCUUUACUUCAGGCUCCAUUUCUACCUCCAAAGGCACCUCCUCCGGUUAUCAAAAUCCCAGAGUGUCCUGUCACCAGUAUCAAUGAAGCCGGAUACUUAUUAGACAAUCCAUUGUGCGCUGAUGUCAUGUUUAUCCUUCAGGAACAGACUUACAUUUUUGCUCACAAGAUCUACUUAGCUACCUCCUCUUCAAAGUUUUAUGACCUUUUUCUAAUGGAAUGCGAAGAAACCCCAGACAUACCUGAAGCACAUUGUCAUAAAGAAAAGGCUGGGAGAAGCCUGAUGGACAGAGCAUGCAGCCUUGAAACAGAUGAUAGUAGUGAAGUGGUAACCUUAAAAUCUCCCAGCACCAAACUAGUAUCAUCAGCAGAUGGUAGCAGCCCUUUAACAAGGUUAGAACUCGAAGUGGGGGAAACCAGCUGCUUGAAGCAAGCUCCAACGUUUUGGGGCAAAGGCUUUGUUAGCAUGCAUAAAGAGAUGCAAGUCAACCCUGUUUCAAAGAGGACGUGUGCUGUGACAGUUGUCAAGAUAGAUCCGUCUGUUCAGUCUGGACCUUUUAAAACUGUUUUGCAGUUUUUAUACACAGGACAGCUAGAUGAAAAUGAAAAAGAUCUCACCAGAGUAGCUCAGAUUGCUGAGAUCCUGGAAGUAUUUGACUUGCGAAUGAUGGUGGAGAACAUUACAAAUAAGGAAGCCUUCAUGAACCAGGAAAUUACAAAGGCUUUCCACGUCAGAAAGGCUAAUAGGAUAAAAGAAUGUCUCAGUAAAGAAACAUUCUCUGAUGUGACAUUUAAGUUGGAAGAUGGAAACAUCAAUGCUCAUAAGCCACUGCUGAUCUGCAGCUGUGAAUGGAUGUCUGCAAUGUUUGGAGGAUCAUUUGUGGAAAGCUCAAACAGUGAGGUUGUUCUUCCCAACAUAAACAAGGCCUCCAUGCAAGCUGUUUUGGAUUAUCUGUACACCAAGCAACUCUCAUCCAGUCAGGAGCUGGACACACUUGAAUUAAUUGCUCUGGCGAACAGAUUUUGCCUUCCACACUUGGUUGCGCUGGCAGAGCAACAUGCGGUGCAGGAGCUUACCAAGACUGCAAUGAGUGGUGUUAGUAUAGAUGGAGAAGUGCUGUGCUACUUGGAAAUAGCCCAGUUCCACAAUGCUAACCAGCUGGCAGCUUGGUGCUUGCACUAUAUCUGCACCAACUACAACAGUGUUUGUUCUAAGUUCCGAAAGGAAAUCAAAACUAAAUCUCCUGAUAAUCAGGAAUAUUUUGAGAGACACCGCUGGCCGCCUGUAUGGUACCUCAAAGAGGAAGAUCAUUUCCAGCGUGUUAAAAAAGAAAGAGAAAAAGAAGACAUUGCGCAGAAUAAACAUCAUUCGAAACGGAAAUGGUGCUUCUGGAACACUUCCACGGUAGUUGCCUAAGGAUAGGAGACAGGUCUCUAUCAAGACCAUGGCUUGAACUGGAAAACAUUGCUUUCAGAAUAGUCUUAUCAUUCGAAACAGCGCUGCAGUUCACAAAGAAGAACGGUUCAUGUGCCAUUGAAAUGAAUGGGAGUUGAACAGACUCUGCUCUCCAUUGAACUCCUGUUGGUUUCAGUGGCACCUCUGCAAGAAGCCCUCCCAGCAAGUGGUGUGGAAGAUGGUUUGACAGAACAGUUUUUUCUUCCACCUGUGUGCAUUUAUGGUUUGUAAGAUCAACAAAGCACAAUCUCACCAGAAGUGAGUUCAAAACAGCUCCUUAAGCAACGUCUGUAUUGUUUGUUGUUUCAGAAGCUAAAAGUACUGUAUAAACUAGUACCAGUUCCCCCUUUUUUAAAUAUACAAAAAAAAAACCCAAAAAAUCCAGCAUUAACUCUUCAGUUUCCUAAGUGGAAGUAUUUUUAUACAGUUGUGACGGUCUUAACACAAAAUUCCUGUAUCAUUUUCUUUAACAGACCAUAAAGCAAUUGUGUAAAUAAGUUUUUUAAUUUAGAUAAUCUGUAUCCUCUCCUCACCCAGCUGCAAAUACGGUCAAAUACAAAGUCCAUUUCUAAUGAGCUUUCCUGAUAAAAAUUGCCAGUCCAGCAAAAUCCCAACUUUUCCUAGGCAACGCUUCCCAAGUACUAUCUUUUUAAUAACAGGUUAAAUAAUCGUGAGAGUAUUCACUCUGAGUAAUGGGAUAUAACAAGAUCCAGCUCCAUCUGAAUUAUAUAAAAUUUACAUUGCUGAUCAUUUGAUGACUAUGAAGCUUAAUUUCUCUUUUCCAAUGCCUGAUGCCUGACGAAUCCUGUAUUUAUCAUAUAUGGGCAGAAGGCAACACCCAUGUGGAACAUCUCCUUCUUCAUAUAUUCCUUGGAUGAAGAUGUGUUAGAUCAUCUUAACAUAGGAGACCAUGUUACAUUUGUGUCUUUAUUCACUGCAAAUUUCCUUAAGGAUCUAAAUCCAACAGGAGUAGCACUCUUAAAUUGUUUGGAUGAUUUCUUUCAAGUUAUCUAUGCUUCUUCAUGGAAAAAAAAACUUUUGCAUAUUGAAAAAAAUGUCUGCUUUGUUGUGAACAUUUCUCUGUUAAGGGCUGUUAAGAUGAAUCGAUCUCUUCUAUUUUCAAUGUUAUGCUAAAAGGACAACCGUUCCACUGUAUUGUAUCCAACACUGAUCUGCCCCCCCCCCCAAAAAAAUUCUUAGUCAUGGAAUAGCCCUGAUGGCUCCAGCAGAAGGUAAGCUCUUUGCCUCUGAAAUAAUUCCAUGCAUAAAUGUAUGUAGUGGACUUAUCAGAUUCAUGGCAGAUACACCUUUGUGGUGCUAACUCUGGGAAUGAGCCAACCCGUAGACUAAGAGCAUUGUUACAUCAUGUCACGUUGCCAGGGCUCUACCUUGUUUAGGUAGAGAUUAAUCAAAACUCCCAAUUUUAUCAAACAGUUUAAUUAAAACAGCAUUUACUUGCUGGCUGUUUUAACAGACCAAAAUAUAAAACACAAAGAUAGCACUCAGCUACAGAAUAAACAAAAACGGAUAGCAAAAAUAA